UUCUAUUUAGAACAUUGAACGCUAAUUAGAUAUAUAUAAAAUAAUUAUUUAAAUUGAGGAAUAUUAUCUGAUACAUCCAAAAAAUUGUUAUAUAGAGAACUAUAUAUAAGUUAUUCAUUUAGAAUGAAGGAGAAUAUAAUUAAGAGAUAUCUAAUAUAUAAAAUUGUAUACAUACAUUAGAUUCAAUUAAGAUUAUAAUAGUUAAUAAGUAAAAAUAUCUUAAAUAUAUUCUAAAUACCAAAGAAAUUAAUCAUUAUAUCACUGUCACUAGUCACUAAUGCUUACACAGAUGUUGCCUUGACAACCAUUCAAAACAAUUAUGGACGUCGACAACAUAGCCCACAAAGAGUAUCUGACAGUUCUGUGACAACUAACAACUUGGUAAAGUUGUAAAAAAUAACAUGCAAUUACAAUGUGAGUCGUAAUGUGCUGUGUAUAAAUAUAAAAUGCAAACUGAAACAUCUAUCUUACCGGUUGUACAGCUUAAUGUGCAUAGAACAGUCAAUAGAAAUCCAAAGCUUGAUAUAAAAAACUCAACACUAGAAUCCAAAAAGCUAUCUCCUUGCAAAAAAACAUUAUUUCCAUCAAACAAAAAAUGCUUGAAUCCUCUACUUGGUGCGCCAUAUAAAGGUAGUAUUAAACAACAAUCAUUGUCGGAUGAACCAAAAUCUAGUGAUAAAAGUGUUCUCGGACAAAGAGUAAUGUCAGCAAAAAUGCUUCGUUUCAAGCAGUUACAAAAUCAAUUAGCUGAUGCACACUAUCAUCUCAACGAAUUAGCAAACGAAAACAGAUUAUUAAAGGCAUUGCAGAAAAGACAAGAUUCUGCAUUAAGGCGUUAUGAAGGUACAAAUGCUGAGUUACCAAGACUUAUAAAUUCACAUCACGAAGAAUUGAGAAUACUUCAAACAAAAUAUAAGAAAUUAAAAGAGUUACAUAAAGACACAUGCAAUUUGUUGAAAGAAAAAGAAAAUGAACUUUAUUCUGCAAAUUCACAAAACAAGCAUCUAUUGCAACUUAGUAAAGAUCGAAAUCUUGAAGAGAGAGAAAAGUUACAGUUGCAAUUAUCUGACAUGAAUCAUAAAAUGCAACAGCAACAAGAAACUAUACAGCUCUUACACAGAAAACUUGCACUUGAAACUAAGAGUUUGAAGCAUCAAUUACAUAUAGAGAUUUCUAAACACAAGGAGACACAGAAAAACUUGCAGGAAAAAAUAGAGAAAUUGAAGAGUUUAGAAUAUUUAUUAGAUAAUAGAGAAAAGAGAUUAUAUUAUAAUGGUCAGUUGCCAAUUUAUAAUAAAGAGAAAAAUCUAGGUAGUCAUUCUUUUACAAAUCUCAGCAUCCCCUCCAAUCCAGUUAAAAUAUCUAGCAGGAGUAAAAAAAGCGGAACAGAUAUAUCAAAGGACAAUUUGCCAUUACUUGAUGCAUUGGAGUCUAAUGAAGAUGAAAAAGUGAUUCAGGUGACAAAUAAUACGAAUCAUUCAGUGGAUAGAUUGAAAUCGGAAACAAUGGCAAGCCUACAACAAAUACGAAAGUUUCGAUUGCAAAAAUCACCACAUAUGCGUAAAAACGCGCAUUCUAUGGACGAUUUAAGAUUUAAAUCUAAUGAUCCAGAAAUGAGAGCACAUAAUGAAAAAACCACAAUGGACUAUAAAGAAAUGUUAGAGAGAAAUGAUCCCAAUAACGAUAAAAACGAAAGUGGCAAAUUACGAAAAUUAUUUAGCAAAGUAAAAAACCAAAAUCUGCGAAAAGAAUUGAACAUUGAAUUUGAUCAUUCAUCUGAUGAUGGAGAGAAUGACAAUACUAAUAAAUAUCAUAUGAAAUCUUAUGUCACAGAUACUGCACAGAAAUCUAGAGAAUUAUAUAAGAGAUUAAUUAGCAGCACAGACGAUAUCUCUGACACUUUGGAUGAUAUGAUGAAAAAGGCAAAUAUCCAUUAUAGCGAUGAAGAAGAAGAAGAAGAAUUAAAUGCAAGUUUAGUAAAGGACCUAAUGUUUCAGAAGCACAAGAGCAAAUUAAGAGUAUUACAACAUUAUAGAAACAAAGAUGUUUAUGAUAGUGACUCUGAAUUUGAUUCCGAUGAAAAAAUAGAUACAAAUGGAGAUUCUUCCAUAGAAUAUAAAACCAAUAGUUUUCAAACUGAUUUAUCUAAGUAUACCAAAUUUAGUAAAUCUUUUAAUGAUAUUGUUCAUUCAGAGCAUGAUGCUUUAGAAAUGAGGGAAGAGUCUGUCAUUGAGAGAUUAAAAGAUACACAGCUACAAAGGAUGUCUGAUCACAUUCUAGACGAUGUCCAUAUGGAAAACAGAGAAGUUCCUCAACAAUCUUCAAAGAAAACAUGGCUGGAAAAACAACAAUUCCUGGAAAAUGAUGGACUAGAAAAUUCAUCUAUCGACAUUGAAAAAGAAGAUUAUAUAAAAGAAAAAGAUGAAAUACAUUUUGAAGAUAAGCCAGUAUAUGCUAAUACAUCAUAUAACAAGGUGUAUUGUGAUACAAAUAAUGAGAGUGAAGAAAUGAAAAAUUUAUCAAGUCCAAAAAGAAGAGAAGCUAAAAAAAGCUUACAAGAAGAGGAAUCUACAGCAAACUCUGAUGAAAGCAAUUGUUCUGCUAACUUACAAUUAGAAGAAGAAUAUCUUAAGCCUAGAAUAGAGGAAACGCCAAGUGUAAUACAUCAAAGCAAUGAAGAAACAUUAAACAAAAAUAAUUUUCAUAUAAAAACAAAAAAUAAAUUGAAUGCUUCAUUGGAAGCAGAGAAUGUUAAUACAUUAUCCAAUAAUGUUCAGUCGCAUCAGACUGAACAGAGUAAUAGCACAAAAGCUGAGCAAAUAGACAAUAAACAGAUAAAUGAUAAAAAGAAAGUAAUUAAUUAUGAUAAAGAAAAGCUAUUGGCUACAAUGAAAGCUAUUGAUGACAACGAAAAUAUUGAAUAUGUAAAUCAAGGAUUCAAGAAUCACAACACAACCAGAAUGCAAAUAACAGAGAAUUUAUAUCGCGGCUUACCUACACACUCGAAACCAAAACGCGAUAUUAUUAAAGAUAUAUUUGAAGACAACCACAUAGAACAUAAAGUCAGAAGCACUUGUAGUAAAUCCCAUUGAGAUUUUAGAAACAGUUACAUUGGAGAUCAUAGUAAAUAGCACAAAACUUAUUUUCUCUUAUCUUUCUUCAAUUCCAUUAAACUCUAUGUGCAAAUAUAUCGAGAGAUGUAGUAUUAUAAAAAGACGACAUAUACAUUAUAUUUUUUCUAGAGAGUAUGGAAGUUUGUAUUAACUUGCCUGAGUU